AUGGCUGACAGGAUGGCCAAGUUGGUGGGUAAAAUGAUUUCUCCUAAUCAGACGGUUUAUACAGGAAGAAGUACCAUGGACUCCAUUGGCAUUGAUAGCCUCACAAACUACUGGAUAGGAACAGAGGAGGUGCUUGCAGUCUCAUUAAACUUGAAGGAUGGAAACUCGCACCCAUUUGCAAGUCCUAAAGGUAUUUUGAUUCCUAUUAUAUGCCUUGGGUUUUCGGGUGCAUUUGUGGUCGAAGAGUUUGAUAGAUGGCUUAGCAAUUUUGUCUGGACUGGAGACACGUAUUCUGCUAAGCUAAUGAAAGUGCAGGCAAACACUUACUGA